GAAUACAAUGACUAAAAUAGGUAAGACUGAGCGCGCUGACAAUAGUUCGAUCGUGAAGCUGACACAAGCAACAGAAGCAGUCAUCAGUGUUGUUUGCAUAUUUACGUAAAGUAAAACGAAAAGAAAAAAGAUAUUGGAUAUAUAUUAAUUUUAAGAAAAAGAUACAAAACGAACUUACACAGAGAUAGAGAGAGAGAGAGAGAGAGAGAGAGAGAGAGAGAGAAAGAGAAAGAAAGAGCAAAGAGGAAACCGUUGAAGAGCUCUUUUAUUUAUGACGCGUUGAAUGCGAACCAAUUGCUUAACGAACCGAUAUAUCCAGAGAAAAGAAUAAGAAUAAAUUUUUUUCCUAUAAAACAACUGAAAUAAAACCCAAAUGAAAUUUAAAAAGCAACAACAAACAAACAAAUGAGUAGAAAAAGUAAAAAUAAAGUAAUUAAGUGUGCGUGCACAUUGCGUCAUUCGGUGUAACCAAAUCGGCCAGAGUGUGUGUCUCUUACUUUCAUUCAGUACAAAACAACACGUUUACUGGAAGACAGCUUGUUGAUAUUUAGCUAAAGUUUAGCUCACCAAAAUCGCAGCUUCAACAAGUUGUCACAACAAAACGUGUGUGAAUGUCACACGUAUAUCAGCUAUUUUUGUUAUGUUAAGUGUGUGUUUAAAACGGGCCAUUUGAAUCUGAAGUGCUUGGAGGCAUCACAUUCAAAAUCCAAAAGAAUAAAGAACAAACCAUUUUAGGAAAAUAUCGGUUUUUAUUUUCGAAAAUCUUGAAUCAAAGUUCAUGUGUUAUUGAAUCAAAGUUUUAGUGCGUGUGUGAACUUUGCGAUAAAACCAGAUCCGGAUUAAUAAUUUUUUUUUUUAAUUUACCAGCGUAAUUUUUUUUCGAAAGAAACUAAUUGACUUGCAAAAUGAAGAGUGCAACAUUGAAUUUGAAUAUUUGAAACAAAUGCAUUGUCGUUUUAAUUGAAAAUUCACUGGUGAUCUCAUUUGAAUGCGCAGCCGGUAUGCAUAUCUUUUGAACACUCACACAUACACACAAUCAGAAUGAAUUGAAAAUAGAUAAAAAAAAUGUGCUUCGAUGAAAAUAGUCGGGGCUGCUAUUGUUGCAGUCGAAAAAGUCACGACUACGAUGAAACUACAAAGUACAUUAGCAGCGAUAAUGAAAUCAUUGUAGUUGAGCGCCGGUAUGGAUGCUAUCGUUUGGGUAUAUUCGUUGCGAUAAUUAUCGUUUCAUUGCUAAUUUUGGGUACAAUUCCAGUCACACUUACCGUAAAAAAUAAUCAAAUACUGUUGAUUUGUUUAUGUAGCACAUUAGUCGUCGUUACAAUUUUAUUAUCGUUGUUUAUUGUGUGGCAACAAAGACAGGCGAAACGUCAAAGAGAGCGCAGCACGCGACCGUUCAUUAUGCAAAAACAAAACAAGAAUGCCAUGUAUACGUCGGUGCCAACAACGUCAUCAUCGUCAUCGCCAUCAGCUCGAACGUCAUGGAUGUUUUGGCAAAACAAUAAAAAUGACUUUGUAGACCAUCCGUUGCGAUGUCAAUCGAUCAAACAUAAUCCCACAAAGAUUUCAUCAUUGCAAGAGGUUUCGGAAGCACCACAAUAUACAACAGUUGUAUAGCUUAAUAUAUUUUAUACAUGUAUAAAACUAAUAAAAGUCUCUUUUAAUAAAAGACAAACCAGCUGUUAAAGUCAAA